GAAUGUUUUAUUCCAGCUCUCCCUCCUGAAAUCGUUGAAGCACCAAGUGGCACAGCAACUGUUAAUGGGAGAGCAGUGUUGCUCACAUGCCGUGUGUUUGGAGCUCCAGCCCCAAAGGUGAAAUGGAUCAGAGGAGGCCAAGAGCUCACUGGAGGACGUUUCAAUAUCACCUCUGAGGGUGAUCUUAGCAUUCGGGAUGUGAUGUUUCUUGAUGCUGGAGAGUAUAAAUGUAUUGCCAGCAACAAAUUUGGAACCGCUGAAGCAUCUGGAAGCCUAGUUGUUAAAGAGGCAACACGAAUCAUAGAUGGACCAGAAGACUUUGAAGUGGCCGAGGGAAGCACAGCAACAUUCCGUUGCAAUGCUGUCACAGAUGCCACUCUGGAGCUCCACAUUGACUGGUUGGGGAAUGGAGAAAAGAUUGAUUUUGAUCAAGAGCCUCGCUUCAUCCAGGCUGCUGAUUCCUCACUCACUAUUACAAAAACCACUGAAUUGGAUUCUGGGACAUACACUUGUGUUGCAAGCACAAGCCUGGAUGAAGAUUCAGCAACUGCUACCUUAGUAGUUCAAGAUGUGCCAAAUCCUCCACAACUGGAGUUGGUGAAGUGUGGUGACAGGAAUGUGAGGUUGCAAUGGAGACCUAUGGGUGAUAAUCGUGCCCCUAUCCUCAAUUAUGUUAUCCAAUUCAACACAUCCUUUACUCCAGAUACUUGGGUUGAUGCAGUCUCUGAUGUUCCUGCUACUGAAACUUCGUACAAUAUAGAGUUGAGUCCCUGGGCCAACUACACAUUUCGGGUAGUAGCACGGAACAAGAUUGGAAAAAGUCCUCCCUCAGAUCAUUCGAGGGAAAUAUGCAAGACGAAGAUGCAAGAAGAUGUCCCCUACAAGAAUCCAGACAAUGUGAUGGGUCGAGGGACUCGACCAGAUAACCUUGUCAUUUCAUGGACAAUAGAGUUGAGUCCCUGGGCCAACUACACAUUUCGGGUGAUAGCACGGAACAAGAUUGGAAAAAGUCCUCCCUCAGAUCAUUCGAGGGAAAUAUGCAAGACAUCUGAAGAUGUCCCCUACAAGAAUCCAGACAAUGUGAUGGGUCGAGGGACUCGACCAGAUAACCUUGUCAUUUCAUGGACACCUACCUUCAAGCCAUAUCACAUCAAAAUUUUGGCCCAGAAUGCCAUUGGUGAAAGUAAUGUUGCUGCUCGAGAAGUAAUUGGAUAUUCUGGGGAAGAUGUCCCUCUGGGAGCCCCAGAGAAUUUUACACUGGUUCAAGUGGUGGACCAUAACACUGCCAUGUUCAAUUGGAGUCGGGUACCUGAGGAGUCUGUUCGAGGACACUUCAGGGGAUACAAGAUUCAAACUUGGACAGAUGAAGAGGGGGAAGAACGAUUGCGAGAGAUCAUAAUUGACGGAAAUGCCACCAUGGCAGCUCCUGACAAGUUCAUCCCAUAUUCCAGAAACUUUGCCCGUAUUCUUGUCUUCAAUGGAGCCUAUGAUGGUCCAGCAAUGCCACAAGUGGAGCAUAAUGGCCCAAGAUUUUCAUAUGUGGUGCACUGGAAGAGGAAUGAGAAGGGGGCAACAUGGAACACAGAGCAAAUCUCAGAUUGGCGACAAUCAAAACUGUUAAUCUCCAACCAGCCUACCUUCAAGCCAUAUCGCAUCAAAAUUUUGGCUCAGAAUGCCAUUGGUGAAAGUAAUGUUGCUGCUCGAGAAGUAAUUGGAUAUUCUGGGGAAGAUGUCCCUCUGGGAGCCCCAGAGAAUUUUACACUGGUUCAAGUGGUGGACCAUAACACUGCCAAGUUCAAUUGGAGUCGGGUACCUGAGGAGUCUGUUCGAGGACACUUCAAGGGAUACAAGAUUCAAACUUGGACAGAUGAAGAGGGGGAAGAACGAUUGCGAGAGAUCAUAAUUGAUGGAAAUGCCACCAUGGCAGCUCCUGACAAGUUCAUCCCAUAUUCCAGAAAUUUUGCCCGUAUUCUUGUCUUCAAUGGAGCCUAUGAUGGUCCAGUAUCUAACACUCUAACAUUCAACACACCACAAGGACCUCCUGGACCAAUCAAUGGAUUGGAAGCUCUUCCCCUUGGUUCAUCAGCUCUGUUCUUGGUUUGGAAGAAGCCUCGUCAGCAGAAUGGGCGGCUGGCAGGUUAUCGCAUCUAUUACCAAGAAGUUCAGGGAACACGUGUUGGACCUCGUCAAGAACGCAGACCUCCCAUUAUGGAUCCAGCUACAACCAGAGCUAAAUUAGCCGGAUUGGAACCAGGGACCAAGUAUCGCAUUACUGUCAAGGCCACAACUGAGGCUGGAGAAGGACCUGAGUACUUCAUUGAAGUAUUCACAAAUGAAGAUGGUGAAUCUCAGCCAGAUCCACCAACAUUCACUUGGGAGCACCUGGCCUCAGAUGGUGGUCUUGCUUCUAUCCGUGUAUAUUGGAUACCAAACACUGAUGGGGAACCUGGCUCUCACUUCUUCAUUCAGUACAGGAAACGUGGGGAGAGCUUAUAUCUGGAAACAGAAAAGGAGUACUAUGAAGAUUUCAUAGACAUGAAAGGACUGGAGCCAGGAAAAGUGUAUGAGAUUCGAGUUGUUUCUGUUGAUGGCAAGUCCUUUGCCUUCAGUGAUCCUGAUGAAGUUCACACGUGGAGCAAU